GCUCGGGAGGCGCCACAGGUCCCUCACCUGCGCGGGCGGCGGGGGUCGGCGGCGGGGCUGGGCGCGCGCGCGGGCUGCCGCCCGAGGCUGGGCGCGCGGUCUCCGGGCGCCCUGAGCGCCCCCGCGCUAACUCCGCCUCUCGCCUCCCGCCGCUCCGCUCGCCCGCCUCGCGUCCUGGCCGCGGCAAAACACUCGGGCGCCGAACUCGACGUGUCCGGAAAGCCCGGGGCCACUUUCCCUUUCGUUCUGCGGCCACCGCGCACCGACCUAGGCUCCCGCGGACUCGCGGGGACAGCCGCGCUCGGCGAGAAGCGCCCGGGAUCGCGGGCCGAGCCCAGGCGUCCCAGCCAGCACCAUGCUCGACCCGUCUUCUAGCGAGGAGGAGUCGGACGAGGGGCUGGAGGAGGAGAGCCGGGAGGUGCUGGUGGCGCCGGGCGGCUCCCAGCGAGUGCCGCCGGCCGCGGCUCGGGAAGGGCGGCGGGACGCCCCGGGACGCUCGGGUGGUGGUAGCGGUGGCGGAGCGGCCAGACCCGUGAGCCCGAGCCCCUCGGUACUCAGCGAGGGGCGAGAUGAGCCCGAGCGGCAGCUGGACGAGGAGCAGGAGCGGCGCAUCCGCCUGCAGCUGUACGUCUUCGUGGUGAGGUGCAUCGCGUACCCCUUCAAUGCCAAGCAGCCCACCGACAUGGCCCGGAGGCAGCAGAAGCUUAACAAACAACAGUUGCAGUUACUGAAAGAACGGUUCCAGGCCUUCCUCAAUGGAGAAACACAGAUAGUAGCAGAUGAAGCCUUCUGCAAUGCAGUCCGGAGUUACUAUGAGGUUUUCCUAAAGAGUGACCGAGUGGCCAGAAUGGUUCAGAGUGGCGGAUGCUCUGCUAAUGACUUCAGAGAGGUGUUUAAGAAAAACAUAGAAAAACGUGUUCGCAGCCUACCAGAAAUAGACGGCCUGAGCAAGGAGACGGUGCUGAGCUCGUGGAUAGCUAAGUAUGACGCCAUUUACAGGGGAGAAGAAGAUUUGUGCAAACAGCCAAACAGGAUGACCCUGAGUGCUGUGUCUGAGCUGAUUCUGAGUAAGGAGCAGCUCUACGAAAUGUUCCAGCAGAUUCUGGGUAUCAAAAAGCUGGAACACCAGCUACUUUAUAACGCAUGUCAGCUGGAUAAUGCUGAUGAACAAGCAGCCCAGAUCAGAAGGGAGCUGGACGGCCGCCUGCAGCUGGCAGAGAAGAUGGCGAAGGAGAGAAGAUUCCCCAGAUUUAUCUCGAAAGAAAUGGAGAGUAUGUACAUAGAAGAGUUGCGAGCCUCCGUGAACUUGCUGAUGGCCAAUUUAGAAAGUCUUCCAGUUUCAAAAGGUGGCCCAGAGUUUAAAUUACAGAAAUUAAAGCGUUCUCAGAAUUCUGCAUUUUUGGACCUGGGAGAUGAGAAUGAGAUCCAGCUGUCCAAGUCUGAUGUGGUGUUGUCAUUCACAUUAGAGAUUGUCAUCAUGGAAGUGCAGGGACUGAAAUCUGUGGCUCCCAAUCGAAUCGUUUACUGCACCAUGGAGGUGGAAGGAGGAGAAAAACUCCAGACAGACCAGGCUGAAGCAUCAAGACCACAAUGGGGAACCCAAGGAGAUUUCAACACCACCCACCCUCGGCCUGUGGUCAAAGUGAAGCUCUUCACAGAAAGCACGGGAGUCUUGGCCCUGGAAGACAAGGAACUGGGCAGGGUGGUAUUAUACCCAACUUCUAAUAGCUCCAAGACAGCAGAAUUACACCGAAUGAUAGUGCCCAAGAACAGUCAGGACUCGGACUUAAAGAUCAAAUUGGCAGUGCGCAUGGAUAAACCACCUCAUAUGAAGCACAGUGGGUAUCUGUAUGCCCUUGGACAGAAGGUUUGGAAAAGAUGGAAAAAGCGCUACUUUGUUCUUGUUCAGGUUAGCCAGUACACCUUUGCCAUGUGCAGUUAUAGAGAAAAAAAGUCAGAGCCACAGGAAUUAAUGCAACUGGAAGGCUACACAGUGGAUUACACAGACCCUCACCCAGGCCUUCAGGGUGGUCAGGUGUUCUUUAAUGCUGUUAAAGAGGGAGAUACGGUGAUAUUUGCCAGUGAUGAUGAACAGGACAGAAUAUUAUGGGUACAAGCCAUGUACAGGGCGACAGGCCAGUCUUAUAAACCAGUUCCUGCAGUUCAAAGCCAGAAGCUCAAUCCUAAAGGAGGAACUCUCCAUGCCGACGCUCAGCUUUACGCAGACCGUUUUCAGAAACAUGGGAUGGAUGAGUUUAUUUCUGCGAGUCCCUGCAAGCUUGACCAUGCCUUCCUCUUCAGAAUUCUCCAGAGACAGACUUUGGAUCACAGACUGAAUGAUUCGUAUUCCUGCUUGGGGUGGUUUAGCCCUGGCCAAGUCUUUGUGUUAGAUGAGUACUGUGCCCGCUACGGCGUGAGAGGCUGUCACAGGCAUCUCUGCUACCUUACAGAACUGAUGGAACAUUCAGAAAACGGUGCUGUCAUUGACCCCACCCUGCUCCAUUACAGCUUUGCAUUCUGUGCCUCGCACGUGCACGGCAACAGGCCUGAUGGGAUUGGAACUGUUUCAGUGGAAGAGAAAGAAAGAUUUGAAGAGAUAAAAGACAGACUUUCUUUGCUUUUGGAAAACCAGAUCAGCCACUUCAGAUACUGCUUUCCCUUCGGACGGCCUGAGGGUGCUCUAAAGGCUACGCUCUCCUUACUUGAAAGGGUUUUAAUGAAAGACAUCGCCACCCCUAUCCCUGCGGAGGAGGUGAAGAAAGUGGUCAGAAAAUGUCUGGAGAAAGCUGCCUUGAUCAAUUACACUAGGCUCACAGAAUAUGCCAAAAUAGAAGGGCCUGCAGAAAAGGAAACAGAGACCAUGAACCAGGCAACUCCUGCCAGGAAGCUGGAAGAGGUUCUUCAUCUCGCAGAGCUCUGCAUAGAAGUCCUGCAGCAAAACGAGGAGCAUCAUGCUGAGGCAUUUGCCUGGUGGCCAGACUUAUUGGCCGAGCACGCGGAGAAGUUUUGGGCUUUAUUCACAGUAGAUAUGGAUACUGCGCUGGAGGCCCAACCUCAAGACUCCUGGGAUAGCUUUCCCCUUUUCCAGCUGCUUAAUAAUUUCCUCAGAAAUGACACACUCUUGUGUAAUGGAAAAUUCCACAAGCACUUGCAAGAGAUCUUCGUGCCCUUGGUUGUCCGCUACGUUGACCUGAUGGAGUCAGCCAUCGCCCAGUCCAUUCACAGAGGCUUUGAGCAGGAAACAUGGCAGCCUGUCAACAAUGGCUCAACAACAUCCGAGGAUCUGUUUUGGAAACUUGAUGCGCUGCAAAUGUUUGUCUUUGACCUCCAUUGGCCAGAACAAGAAUUUGCCCAUCACUUAGAGCAAAGACUUAAACUAAUGGCCAGUGACAUGAUAGAGGCCUGUGUCAAAAGAACAAGAACUGCAUUUGAACUCAAGCUGCAAAAGGCAAACAAAACAACCGACUUGCGCAUCCCAGCCUCCGUGUGCACAAUGUUUAAUGUAUUAGUUGAUGCUAAAAAGCAAAGCACCAAGCUGUGUGCCCUGGAUGGAGGACAGGAGCAACAGUACCAUUCAAAAAUAGAUGAUUUGAUUGACAACACCGUGAAAGAAAUCAUUGCACUGCUAGUUUCAAAGUUUGUUUCAGUGUUGGAAGGGGUGCUUUCAAAGCUGUCGAGGUAUGAUGAAGGUACCUUCUUCUCAUCCAUUCUGUCCUUCACUGUGAAAGCAGCUGCAAAAUAUGUGGAUGUCCCUAAACCAGGGACGGAUCUGGCAGACACCUACAUCAUGUUUGUUCGGCAAAACCAGGAUAUUCUUCGAGAAAAAGUCAAUGAAGAGAUGUAUAUAGAAAAGUUGUUUGAUCAAUGGUACAGCAAUUCCAUGAAAGUCAUUUGUGUGUGGCUGGCUGACAGACUAGACCUCCAGCUUCAUAUUUACCAACUGAAGACUCUCAUCAAGAUUGUGAAGAAAACCUAUAGGGAUUUCCGACUGCAAGGUGUGUUGGAGGGAACGCUGAACAGUAAGACAUACGAUACUCUGCACAGACGUUUAACUGUGGAGGAGGCCACAGCCUCUGUCUCAGAAGGAGGAGGACUUCAGGGCAUUACCAUGAAGGACAGUGAUGAGGAGGAAGAAGGCUGAUGGUACACAGUUCCCUCGAAAGGACAGACGGCCUCGGCUGUGUUCUGUGCACCUUGUCCUUGUAACUGUGCUUACUGUCCUGACCAAAUAAAAAUGCUCUAAUUUCUUUAGAAUGUGGACUUGGAGAUAAUGAGAGAAAUGCCAUGUAUUUUUGGAAAGAAAACCAUUUUCACAUGUAUAGCUUGACCUAAAAAUUGGCUGUGCUCGUGACAGGAAUAUGAACUGCUUCUGUCGUUUUGUUUUCUUUCUUUGUUGUUGUUAGUAUAUCAGAAUUUUCUUUGUAAUAGUUAUAUCAAAAUAAUGUCUUAUGUGUCAUAUGAGAUAUGCAUCUCCCAUGACACAGCAUUGUGAAGAGAAGCCAUUUCUGGUCACAGCACCAACUAUCGUACUUCUGUCAAAGUGGUGUGCCUCCCACUUAUAAUUUAUGUACGAUUUGUUCUGUAAUUUGCCAGUGUUGUGAUGUGUAGAAAACUUUAGCCUUGGUUUUCAUAACUCUGAAUUUGUCUGCAGGUGUAAUCCUGGACUUCAAAGAGUAUCAUACCCAAAUGUAGACUAGAUUAGCCACAGGCUUACAUCCUGUUUCUUUCUGAACAUUUUUUUUCAUGUGUACCACAUCGCCAGGUGUGCUUCCAACAACACAAGUGUAACAGCUUGCCGGCAAUAAAAAUCCAUUCAGUCAGAGCAACCUCUAUGUUCAUUAAACUUAAAUAGAUUAAAUGCAGUAAGAGAUAUUUGCAGUAUCUCAAA